UGCACGUGUCCCCUCUGCAGCCGGACCAAACGUCAUAGUCUAGCAGCAAGGAGUGUUACAGGGAGGUAAUCGCCCCCUCUUCGCACCAUCAUAUAGUCGUCCUUUCACUAAAAGAAACACUUAUGAGAGAACGCCAAGGAGGAUAAAAAGGGAUCUGCGGCUUUAGGUGGGUUCAGACAGUCAUGGAAAACUCGUCUGUUGCCUCUGCCUCUUCUGAAGCUGGCAGCUCUCGCUCACAGGAGAUUGAGGAGCUGGAGCGAUUCAUUGACAGCUAUAUCCUUGAGUAUCAGGUCCAGGGGAUUUUGGCAGACAAAGUAGAGGCGGAUGGAGAGUGUGCCAAGACAGAGCCUGAUGUUCUGAAGUGGACCGAGAGCUGCAGUGAACAGCUUGAGCAGAACUGGGGUUCCCCAAGAGGAAAGGACUGCAUGAAACCAAACAAUCAUGAGGAGUGGGAUUACAGUAGCAAUGGGAGUACUGGAUCAAGACCUAGCUCAGACUCAAGACCUGGAUCUGGCUCAAGGUCUGGAAGUCGAGGAAGAACUAACCAUCAUAAGAAUUCCAGGAAGAAUGAUAACAGAGAUGCUAAUUUUGAUAUGCUCGGGACAGAUAUUUGGGCGGCCAAUACUACCGGGUCUCAUGGGUUUCCCUUGGCAGCUGCCGUAUUUCAGCAUCUGCGGGAAAGUGGGAGCAAAGAACCAGUGGGAGGACCAUUGCCGUCUCAAGGCCAGACAGUGAAUCGAAGUCUUCCAUCGACAGAUGAAGUUGCAGUCUUUGGGGCUCUGGAGAGGGGAGCAGCUUGGGAUCUUCAGCCGGAGAAAUUAGAUUUUACACAGAUCCGUCAAAAACACUUUCGAGCCACGCCAAAACCUCUGCCUCAUUUCGACAGAGAAGGAAUGUUGAAAGGAAAGUUUGAAGAUGAUGAUGGUAUCAAUUUAAAUGACUUGGACAAGUUUCUUCCAAGCGGAAAGGUCUAUCAGCCUUUUCAGAACGAUGCUGAAAUCAGCCACACCAAAAAGCUCUUCAGAAGAAAGCGAAAUGAUCGGCGGAGAGCACCGAGACCUCCAGGUGGAAUCAAACCCCUGAAUUCCCAUCAACAGCAGCCACCGUUGAUGCCACCACCACCACAGCAGCAGCAUUCACAGCCUGCUCAGCCUGAGCAUUCACAGAACAAUGCAAAACACAACCGGGAUCACUCCAGGCAGUAUCAGGGUCCAUCCUCUCACCCUUCAGGACGGCAAGGAGCUUCCCACCACGGGUACAGCCAGAACCGUAGGUGGCACCAGAACCAGAAGCAUUCACUGCAGGGGCCUACAGACAAGGAUACUGCCAACAGAAAUACCAAAGAGACUGAGAAUUUAAGAACUGAGGAGGAGUCUGGCGGGGGACUCCUUGCCAAGAAGGAGCCAGAACUUCACAACAGCCAACCUGAGGUGUCUGCCUCGUCUCACCCGGAAGGAAAACGCAAAGACAGCCUUAUAGACGGCCCCAAAGUGAACCUGCUGCAGUCUUCUAAAGAGAGGCUGAGAAGGCGGCUAAAAGAAAAGGAUGAGGUCCUUGUGGAAACCCCAAACCCACAGAAAAGCCGAAUGGACAAGCUGAUCGAGAUCCUGAACAGCAUGAGGAACAACAGCAGCGAAGUGGACGCUAAGCUCUCAACUUUCAUGGAGGAAGCCCAGAAUUCUACCAACUCGGAAGAGAUGCUGUCCGAAAUUGUCAGGACUAUAUAUCAGAAAGCCGUGAGCGACCGAAGUUUUGCAUCCACUGCUGCCAAGCUGUGUGACAAAAUGGCUCUCUUCAUGGUGGAGGGAACAAAGUUCCGCAGCCUCCUUCUGAACAUGCUGCAGAAUGACUUUACGAAAAGGGAUGAGCUGCAGCAGUCGGACGUCGAGCACUGGCUUGGCUUCAUCACGUUCCUCUGUGAAGUCUUCGGUACCAUGAGGAGCAGUUCGGGCGAACCCUUCAGAGUGCUUGUGUGCCCCAUUUAUGCCUGCCUCAGGGAGCUGUUAGAGUCGACAAAAGUAAAAGAAGAUGCCGUCCUCUGCUGCUCCAUGGAGCUGCAGAGCACCGGCAAGCUCCUGGAAGAGCAGCUGCCCGAGAUGAUGAGUGAGCUGCUGGCAGCUGCACGCGACAAGAUGCUGUGUCCGUCGGAGUCGCCGCUGACCCGCUCCCUGCUGAUGGAGGUCAUCGAGCUGCAUGCCCGUCACUGGAGCCCGCUGGAGGCUUUCACCACCCAGUACUACAAUCGGACCAUCCAGAAGCUCACCGCCUGACGGACGACUGAGAGGACGGAGAAUGUAAAAAAGACGGCCGGUGCCAAUCACGGGGUGCUGAAUACAUCAUAGAAUUGUGGGAUAAAGGCACAACACACGGCGAUAACAAUGAGACUGUGGAGAGACAACCCAGCAUGCUGAGGAGUGGAGCAGCGGGGGGGGGUGGGGGGAGGGGGUUAUUGGGGGGAUUUGCUUCUUUUCACUUUUGUGUUUUGAUUUUGUAUGCCAGCAACAUACCACCCCCCCCCCCCCCAACCACCAGCCCGCCACCUCCGACGUCCCACAGCAUUUAGUGUCAUAGUGGCUGCAUUGAUGGACGUCAAGCCAAGAAGUAUUGUGAUUAAAAGACAGGUGGUGGAAAGGGGGUGUGGUUUAUGGGGAGGGGUUAGAGGCGGGGCUUACAACUCUCUUUAGAGACAGACAGAGAGAGAGAGAGCUUUGUUGUGUGUGCGGCCCAUGCUGACCGCCAGGCCGGAGACUUCGGGCGGCAGAUGUUCUUGGAGAGCACAAUGGUGGGCACGUUCCACACCGGACCGCCUCAUCAAACAAAAAGAAA